AUGCUCAGGACGUCUUUCACCCGCCUAGGGCUAGAAAGAGCUCCUAUAAGGCUCUUUUCGAGCUCUGUUACGAGUCUUCAAAAAGCCAAAUCCAAUGAAUACCUUACCAAGUUCUACACUCCCGAGAUGCUACAGAGUCUCAAAAUCACAGAGUCCUUGGUCGAUCCACAGACAUAUAUUGAAAUGAAAAAGGCCGGAAAGGGUGAACGUUCUAAAGUUGCUCCAGAAGCCAGCAAGACAUACACGGAAACCGACCCUAAGUUCGAUGAGCCCAUCAUGUAUCCAAACCAGGGUGUCGGAAUGACUCCAUACGCUAAUAUUCCUAGAGAAGCCAACCCAGAUACCUCCGACUUGAAGUUGCGUUUCCAGGUUGAUGAGAAGAAGAAGCUGAGCCCACAGCAAAACUUCCGUGCCGCCAGAAUCGAAAAAGUGGCUCUUUUAACCGGCUACAACAAAGACUACAUCCGUCGUUUGCAUGUUGUCAAUGUUCUCAUCAAAAGAGUGUCUUUGCAGACGCUGAAGGGUAAAAUUCCAAACUUCUACGCCAUGACCAUUGUCGGUGACAAGAACGGUAUGGUGGGUAUGGGUGAGGGUAAAUCUAGACAAGGUGUGAAGACUGCUUUGGAGAAGGGUUUCUUCAAUGCCGUGAAGAACCUUCAGCCUAUCGCCCGUUACGAAGACAGAACAAUUAUUGGUGAGAUUGACUACAAGUACCACGCCGUCAGAUUAUCGUUAAAGUCUGCUCCAGCUGGUUUCGGUCUCAGAGUGAACCCAGUGCUUUUCGAGGUUUGUGAGGCUGCUGGUAUCAAGGAUCUCAGAGGAAAGAUCACCAGAUCCAGAAACAGAAUGAACACGGUGAAGGGCUUCUUUGAGGCUUUGACCAAGGAGAGACCUAUUGAGGAGUUGGCUGCCGGCAGAGGCAAGAAGAUUGUCGACUUGAGGAAGGUGUACUACUCGGCAUAA